CGUGGAUAUCCUUAGACACCCACAGCCAUGACUUUAUUAAUUUUCUGUUUUUCUUAUCAACAGGCCCUGAUGAAUGUAAAUGCCUGUUUAAGAGAACUAUACCCAGACAGUGAGGAGCAGUUUGAUAUUGUGCUGAUGACCAAUAACCAUGCCCAGGUCAGAGUUCACCUCAUUAACAGCAUCAAUUACUAUGAUCUAACUGUAGAGAGAUUUUGCAUGACGGGUGGAGAGAGUCCAAUUGGUUACCUAAAGGCCUACAUGACCAACCUCUAUCUGUCCAAAGAUUCAAAGAAAGUACAAGAAGCUAUCGACACAGGAAUAGCAGCUGGCACGAUGUUCGCCUGUGACAGUGAGAAUGAGCUCAGUGAUACUCAACUAUGUGUAGCAUUCGACGGAGAUGCUGUUUUGUUUUCUGACGAGUCUGAGAUUAUCGUAAAGGAACACGGAUUGGACACUUUUUUUAGGCAUGAGAAAGAGUUUGAGAACAAGCCUCUGGCUCAGGGCCCCCUGAAAUGUUUCCUGGAAGCACUGGGUAAACUCCAGCGCAAAUUCUAUGUAAAAAACCAACGAAUCAACUGCCCUAUUCGCACCUACCUCGUCACAACUCGAAGUGCUGCCAGUGCUGGGUCCCGCGUUCUGAAGACCCUACGGAGCUGGGGGUUGGAGGUAGACGAGGCCCUCUUUUUGGCGGGGGCUCCUAAGGGGCCUCUCCUACAGAAGAUCAGGCCUCACAUCUUCUUUGAUGAUCAGAUGUUUCACAUUGAGGGUGCCCAGGAGCUUGGUACAAUCGCUGCUCAUGUGCCCUAUGGGAUUGGACAGAAGUAUCAUAAGGGGAAACGCAUAGACACAAGUGAUGCCAAAAAGUUUUGAUGAUUAUCAAAUGCAAAUGUCAGAUUCCCA